AUGGCCAGGUUGCGCGCCGAUAGUGUCUCCCUCCGAGCUGCCUUGCCAGUGGUCUCCCGGGAGCUGCAGACGGCAGAGGGCGAGGAGACCUGGGAGCUCUGGAAUGAGCGCUUCAGCCAUUUGGACCAAGAUGACGAUGGUUCCUCUGCUGAGGUUCAUGGAGCCCGGUUGCCUCCGAGGGACGCGGAGGGCUGGUUAGAUGGAUAUGCACUGAACCGAAGACGAUUCCUGGGCAAAGACGCAGACGAAGACGCAUCGCCCGCAGACGAAUGCCCCAGCGCAGGCGAAUUCCCUCGCGAAGAUGCAGACGAAGACGCGUUCCAAUUCGAAACGUUCGUGGGUGCCGUUGAUGCCAGCAUGCUCAACCACAUGAAGCAUGCUGAGAAAGAAGAGAACCCCAUCAAUGAUGGCAACCCACAGAUCCGAGCCCAAUCCGAGAGGUUGUACUCCCUGCUCACUGGCCUGAUGAAACAAAGGCCACUCAGGUUGGUUCGAGGAGUGAGCAACCAGAACGGCCUUGAAGCUUGGAGGAUCCUGACUAAGGAUCUGCAGCCCAGGACUCGUCAGCGAAGCCUAGCACUGGUUCAAGCCCUCAAUAAGGUCCAGUUUGAUGCCACCAAGUCCGUGACCGAACAGCUUCCCCAGUAUGACCUCCUGGUUCGUGAGUACGAGAGAAGUUCACAGACCACCUAUCCAGAUGAUUUGAAGAUUGCUUCAGUGGUGGCAGCCCUUCCUCCCAACCUCAGAGUCCACAUCCAAAUGGCUUUGCAGGAUGACACGACCUUCGAAGACCUGAGACAGAGGAUCGAGCUCUAUGAACAGGUCAGCCAGCGAUGGAUGUCUGAAGGAGGCUUGCAGCUUUCUGUACGACCUAUGGCCGAGGUUGAGGACAAGGGUGGACCAAUGGAGGCGGGUCAGACUGGUCACGCCGACGGGAUUGGCCACUAUGGAGAUUUUGAUCUCACUGAGGGUGACUCCAAUGAGGAGCAGGAGGCAUCCGAGGCAGAAGAUGAGACCUCGGAGCUGACCAUCUUUGCAGUGACAGAGGUUGCCGAGACCUAUGAGGCAAUGGAUGACGAGGAGACCUUCUAUGACUGUGAGGAGGAGUUGAAGGAUGAGUUGAAGCCUCCAUCGAUGGAAGAAACAGAAGCCCAAACCUCAGGACACAGAGAUGAUGGAGAGGCCAAGGCCAUGGUUGAACCUAUGAAGAUUUGCAUGAUCAAGAACGUUGUGGCCUUGGAAGUUCCCUCCGUCAUCAUGACGAUUGACUCCGGGGCAGAUGUGUCAGUGGCUCCUGAACGGUUCUACAACCUUGGAGUUCCAGGUGCAGGUAAGCCCAUUGAGAUGAUCGAUGCACAAGGAGCCAAGAUCUGCAGCAAAGGCAACCGCCGUCUACGACUUCAAGCCCAAACUCGUGAUGGUGAAGUGGUUGAAUUCAUUGAACAAUUUGCAUUGGGAGUUGGUGUGACCCAUCCACUUUUGAGCUUUGGACGCCUUCUGAAGCAGGGAUGGGGACUUUCCAAAGAUGAUCAUGAUCUUUUUCUUGAACACCCAGAGAAGACCGUGAAGAUUCCUGCAAGGCUGGAACGAAAUUCGCUUGUUAUGGAUGUGAAGAUUUGUGCAGUUCGAGCUGAAGGAGAUGAACCAGAGGAACUGCAAGUCAAUGCAGUGAGUGGAGGACGAGAAGAAGCAGUUGAGAGUGGUGGUGAUACAAGGCCACCAGAGCAUCUAGCCACGGCAGCAACAACUGAAAGUGCCACAGCAGCUUGCGAGAAGGGUGACAAGGAAGAUGAUGAUGUGACAAUGGAGCUGAUGCCUCAAGUGUCGAAUGAAGGUGAUCCUGGUCAAGAUGAAAGUCGGUCACCAGGUUACACCACAGAGGAGUCCGGCGACAUCAUGGUGAAGGGCAGCAGCAGUGAAGACGGUAAGGUGAAAGAGAAGUUGGCCCGUUGGGAGCGCUGGAACUUCAAGUUCAAGGAAGUGAAGAAAGAACCAGUUGAGCUGUCAAGCCCUGAAGAGCAAGUUCGGCCAGUCCGUGGAGCACCUCGACAGCUGCACGGAUACAUCUCACGUGAACUGGGCUUGUUAGAGCGUCUUCCAGGCUGGCAUGCACUACCCAAUGGGAUCGUUGUUCACUCAAAGCCCAUGGCAUCACACUUCCAUGACCCGAGCUCAAGCUUUGGAGAUGAGUGGUGUGGUCGACUGACGUUGGCAAAGAUGACUGAUGGAAGUGAUCAAUGGGAGCAGCUAGAGAACCUAGCCAACUACAAAGACACUCCACUGCCUUUCCGGCCAUUGCCACAUGGGCCACGGACAACACUGACGUUUGUGGCUCCAGGUCUGAUCAAAGACUACUUCGUCGUCACCUCGGAGGUUCCCGUCAGCCAAUAUCCAUUGCUGAAUGGAGAGCCAGCAUCAUGGCCAGAAGAUGAGCAAGAAGACCAAGAAGGCGGCGAAAUUCCAUGGCUGGCAGCUGGAGGAGGAGAAAGGCCAGAGAUUGCAGAAGAUGUGCAUUUUGUUGAUCCUGAUGAGCUUGAGGUCAGCAUCGAUGAACUGACGUUCAACAAGGACAACAAGCUGAAAGAUCUCCAGGACAUGUGUCGAAAGCUUGGGUUACCCACUUCAGGGUCAAAGGUGAAGGUGCUGAGAAGAUUGCAGCAGUACAAGCACCAUGAGGAGGAGAAGAUUGCCUACGAGAUUGCACAGCGGCUCUACAGUGAGCAGAGAAGAGAAGCAAUCCCUGUGAAGACACCCAAGCUGCCGACCAAGCAUGAACAAGAACUUCAUCAACUUACGCAUUUGCCUUUUCAGGCCUGGUGUCAGCAGUGUGUAGCAACAAGAGCAAAAGAGGAUGUGAGGACUGAUGCUGACACUGCAGAUCGCAAGGAUCGUGGCCGCAACGUGAUCAGCUUUGACUACGGCUAUACAUACACCUCUGGAGCGGCUGAAGAAAAGCAAUGGGGAACUGCACUCUACGUAGCUGAAUCCGAAUCCAAAGCAGUGUUGUGCAUCCCCGUCCAGGCCAAAGGCAGUCUGAAAUACAACGGAAAGGUUGCACUAUGGGGUGAGACUGUCUUGUUCAAGGAUGUCACUGCCUUCCGCAACAAAGGAGAUCCUGUCUACAAGAAAGGGCUAUGGAUGGGCAAGAGUGCAUGGAGUGAUAGCCACAUCUGUUUGACCCGGUCAGGUGCAGUUGAAGCUCGGUCAAUCAGGCGUCUUCCUGACCAAUUCGAUGGACAGAUGUUGGUGAACAGCAAAGGCCUGCCUUGGCAAUACUCCAUCCAGGGCAUCCUGAUGAAAUCCCGUUUUGCAGCCCGACAACGUCAAGCUGAAGCAGUUGAGGAUGCCGAAGGAAAUGAGAUGAUCGAGCAAGAGGCCAAGACUGUUGGUGAAGAUGUUGCGUUGGGCAUGUAUGGCCAUGGUCCAGUGCUUGGUCAAGCAACACCAGGUUUUCCACUGGAAGGGUAUCCCAGAACACCAGGGAUCACCCCUAGACCAGCUACACCGGCACCAAGAACACCAGCAAGACCUGCAGUAGCACCAGCAACACCAGGGACUACAACUCAGACCUGGCGGGAGAAGGCAAAGGCAAGACCGUUUCCUACGACAGCAGAGGACGAAAGUCCGUCAAGGAAGAUCAGUAGACUCCCCAUUCCUGAGUCUAUGAAAGGUGAACCUGCGAGGAACUUCAUGCAGGACACUGAGGAGGUGAGCCCAAAGCGACAGAAGACAGCUGAAGCAGCCAAGCCAGCAACCUCAGCGGAGACAGAACGGCAUGCACCCGGAAGCAGCUCGGUGACGACUUUGCCACAAGGGUCAUUGAAGAGAGAACUGUUUUCAUUGCCUUGGGACGCUGAAGAUGAUGAGAAGCUGAGAAUGAGCCCCAAGAAGAAGGUGCGAGCCAUUCAAGAAGAAUUCCCUGGAGGUGAUGACAUGCUGGCAGAAGAGAUUUUGCAGUCAGCCCUAAAUGAUGUGAGUGAAGAUGAAGAAGGAGAAGGGCAUGCAAAAGAACGACCUCCAGAUGUGUCAGAGGAGGAACUGGCAGCUUUGGAUGAUGAGGCAUGUCGCCAUGAAGAACGCCGCCUGGAGCAGAUGGGAGAGAAGACGAACGCCAAGGAGUUGAGAGUCACAGGAGUGCCCACGGCCAUCAACGUGAGUGACAUUGGCGCCAAGAUCUUGGGCAAAGCACGCAUGAAGGGUUUGAAAUUCCUCAUCAAGAUGGUAGAUGGGGACAAUGAGAAAAUUGGCCAGCAAGAGUUUGAAGAGAUCCACGCCAAAGAAGAGUUGAAGAAGAACACGAGCAAGUUAGCAAAAGCAGUUGGUGGAAAUGCAAGGAUAGCAUUGGUCCUGGCUUUGACAAUGCUGCAAGGUGGCAAAGCAUCAGAAGUGCGUGAGACAAAGGAGAUCCAGGAAGAAGAAGCAUGGUGGAUUCGGCCAUUGAUUACACUGGUAUGCCUAGCAAUGGUUGGAGCCUUGAGCUUGACAAGAUGGCUAUGGGAGAAAGGAAGACAGUGGUUCAAUGGAAGACGAGUCCACAAUGGCAGAAAUGUGGAAGGAGAAGAGCCAGAAGAAGAACAGCAGCCGCAGCAAGUGGAAUACGAGACUGACAUCGAGAAGGUGAACAUGCAAUGGCAGAUCGUGCAGCUAGAAGUGGCGCUGGCAGAAAAAGAUGAAUAUUUGAAAGAGAUGACAGAAGAGAAGGAUAGAAUGAUGCACGAGUACCUGAGGUUCGCAGACAUGAAUGUCAACCUCAGGGGUCAGCUGGAAGAUCUUCGAGAAGAGAAUCUUGGACUGACCAACCGACUUCUUCGCAGAGGAGGAAGCCAUGAUGAGAAAGAACAAGAAAUCCAGAGACUGGAUGAAGAAAUCAAGCAGCUGAAAGAAGUGAAUGUGCUGCUGAAGGCACGCAUUGACGAGAUGAACCAAACAUCCAAUUCGAGGCUGAAAGAGAGCCUUGAUGGUGUAAAGUUUGAAAUGGAGCGAAAGCAUUGGACGAUGACUCAUAGUGGUGAAUGCUACCACGAAGAGACAUGUUCACGCGUGGCCAAUCGAGCCACAAAAGCAAUACGCGACUUGUUGCUCGGCAUUUUGGACCACAAGAGCGGGCCCAGGAUCUCCAAGGAGUUCUUCCUGGACACGUUACUGAAGACGCAACGCGUGAGGAUGCCCACCUGA